AUGUCCGCCCCGUACAAGCUCGCCUUCUCUCUGCACGGGCACGCUGCCGAUGUGCGCCACGUGGCCACCCCGAACGCGGGCAUCCCCCUCCUCCUCUCCGCCUCCCGGGACGGGUCCGCGCUCGUAUGGGGCCCGUCCACGACAUGCCGGGAGUGGGACGUCAAGCUGCGGGUGGAGGGCCCCGAGAAGCGCUAUCUCAGCUGUGCCGCCCUCACCCGCUCCCACGGCGCACCGUACCUGCUCGUCGGGUCACAGUCCGGCAUACUCGCCAGCUACCCCCUCCCCGCCCCAGCCUCAGCUCCCCCAGCCCAAGACGAACUGCCCGAGCCAGUCCACACCCUCAUCGAACACUCCCAGAACCUGUGUUGCAUCGACGUCAGCCACGACGGACUCGUCGCUACCGGAUCAUGGGACAAGAGCGUCAUUGUCUGGAAAGACUUUAAAAAGGCCCUCUCCAUCAAGGCUCACGAACAAGCCAUCUGGUCUGUCAAGUUUGUGGGCGAAGACCGUCUCCUCACAGCUUCCGCCGACAACAGGAUCAUCCUCCACUCUCUCGACCUUGCCUCGGGUAGAUCGACGCCUUUGCAAACUUAUACCGGGCACACUCAACCUGUUCGAGGUUUGGCUCUGAGACCCGAUGGGCAAGGAUUCUGGAGUUGUUCGAAUGAUGGCAACAUCAAUAUCUACUCUUUCGACAAGCCUGCCCCCAUCAACACCCUUUCUGGCCACACAUCCUUCGUCUACUCCAUCACCGCCCUCCCCGACGGCAGCGGCGCCAUCUCCACCGGCGAAGACGGCACCAUGCGCGUCUGGUCCGACUCUGAACUCGUCCAAACCAUCCCCCACACAUCCAACUCUCUCUGGUCCUGCACCACCGCCCCUCCCCCUCCUUCCUCCCCUUCCUCUGGACCUUAUAUCGUGUCCUCCUCGUCAGACUCUACCAUCCGGUUCUUCACCAACUCGCCAGAGCUUGUUGCGCCAGAGGAAGAGCUGGCGGUCUGGGAUGCAGAGGUGAAAGGGCGACAGUUGGAUAAGAGUCAGGUAGGGGAUGUGAAGCAUUCGGAUUUGCCUGGUAUGGAGGCUUUGGGGCGGGAGGGCAAGAAAGAUGGCCAGGUGUUGAUGAUCAACAACAAUGGCCAAGUUGAAGCUUACCAAUGGUCUACCCCGGAAUCCACCUGGCAACAGAUCGGCCAAGUCGUCGACGCCAUCGGCCAAUCCCGCAAACAACUCUACCAAGGCAAAGAAUACGACUAUGUAUUCGACGUCGACGUCUCCGAAGGCAUGCCCCCCCUCAAACUCCCCUACAAUACCGCUCAAAACCCUUGGAUCGCAGCGCAAACCUUUUUGCAGGACAAUGAACUGCCGGGGAGUUAUUUGGAUCAGGUGGUGCAGUUUAUAGAGAAGAAUACGGCGGGGCAGACGUUGGGUGGCGGAGAGGCGCAGGGGUAUGUGGAUCCGUUUACGGGCGGGUCGAGGUAUACUGGAGGGGGAGUGCCGAUGGCCGGGGGGCAGGCUAACAAUGCGGAUCCCUUUACGGGUGGAUCGCGAUACACCGGAGGCGGCGUCCCGACCCAUACGCCUUCGUACGGUGGGGGUGACCCAUUCACCUCUUCCGGUGCAUACUCCUCCACCCCUCCUCCUGCAUCUACCCCCGCAGCGAAAAAGCAGAAACAAGCUGUCUUGCCAGUCAAGUCCUGGCUCGCAUUCAAGCAAAUCAACGUCGCCGCCGUCAAGGGCAAAGUAGCCCAAUUCAACGAACAGUUGAAGGGUACCGGGGCCGAGUUGACGACGGAUGAAAACAAGGCCUUGACCGAGGUGUAUGCUUUCCUCUCGCUGCCUUCUGUGGCCCUGCCGAAUCCCGAAGGCGGGGAUGGACAGGAAAAGUUUGAUCCCAACACGUUGACGGGUAUCAUCUCGCGAUGGCCAGAGGAUAAGCGAUUCCCUCUUGUCGACCUCCUCCGAGCGCUGUCAGCGACUUCUCCAGCGACUUCUGCCCUCUCCCCUGCCAUCAUUACCCAGACUCUGCAGGCAUCUUCUGGCCCGCUGUCAAAGCCUCAGGAUACCAACCUCCUCCUCACCCUCCGAGCCCUGGCCAACAAGUUCAACACGUCGUCCGGCCGAGGAGUGCUGAACCAAGAAACCGUCGGCCAACAAGUGCUCACUGCUCUUGGCGGUAUCUCCUGGCAAGGCGUGGGUAAAAACAGCCGAGUGGCUGCUGCCACCGUCGCCCUCAACUACUCUAUCUCUGCCCAGUUCUCACUCCUCCCUUCUUCCCUCGCGCCUCUGCUGCUCGACCUUGUCAUCGCAAUCAUCUCGACGGAAAAGGUGGAAGGAGGCGAUACAGAGACGGUCUACCGCGCGGCCGUCGCAUUUGGCAACCUGAUCUCGGCGGACAAGGUGAGCGGUGGCUUGGCGGUGGGCAAGGUGGAAAAAGGCAGGGCGGUUGUAAAGAAGUGGACAGGAAAAGAGCCCAGGUUGGGAGAGCUGGGAAGGGAAAUUGAAGAAAAGCUCAGUCAGGGGUACGCAGUGUAA